GCGCGCGAGAGAGAGAGAGAGAGAGAGAGAGAGUGAGUGAGUGAGUGGGACGCAGUAACAGGUGACGCCACCUCCGUGAAUUGAGUUUUUGCUGGUUGGGAUUUCUGUGAGCAAUGCUGGGGAAUAAAAAUCGGAAUUAAACGGUCAUAAAUAUGAAGGUCAUCAUGCAUGUGUGGAGGGUGAAGGUUUUGGUGGGUUUUGUGAUGCUACUACUACUGGUAGCUGUUAUAUGUCUUCUUUAUACCCCAAGAGCUCCAACUGUGAUACACAGUCAAAAAAGUCUAGACUCCACCAUAAAGAAGCUUCUUGAACGUAAUGAACAGUUGAAGAACAGUGACAAACGUAUUCCCUACCACCUCAAACAAACUGCAGCACGAAGAAAUGCAUGUGUUUGUGAAGGUGACACAUGGAAUCUUAAUGUGCCCUUUGGUGACCUGUUGUUUCCUCGGGUUGGUGCUGAGGAGUUGCACUCUGCAUUCAGAGCCGCAGAUCUGGAGGAAAUAAAGAAGCGCCGACAGCAUGAGUACAACAACUUCAUGAACAGAUCACAUACAGCAGCAAACCUUCUCAUCAUUGCUGAGGCAAACAUUCCUCUUCAGUACCCCACCCAGGGUGUAGACGUCCGGCCUAAAAAGUCUACUUUAAUUCCUGGGUUGGGUCUGAAACUUAAGUCACAGACCGUCUAUUCAGUAAAUUUAAGUGCCAGCAUGGGCACGUUUGACGUAACAGCCUUGGUGGAUGAGGUCAACAUAAGCGGGGAAGGAAAAAUGCACAUGACCCUCUCCAGCCCACUUCUAUCUGCACUUAACAGACAGCUGCAGUUCAUCACUUAUACAAAUACAAUUUUUCAUCCCAAUACUGCAGACAUAGUGCAGUUCAGGACUGAUGGAUACCAAGCAGCCUUCACCAUUAAAAUACGACAUGCAAUUACUCCUAAACUCUAUGAUCCUGGGCCUACUCGACCUAAAGGAGAAUACAAUAUAGGUGGACUUGUGACCAUUGCUACAAAAACAUUUCUGCGUUAUGACAAGCUUCAGGAUUUGAUCGACAGCAUUCGACAGUUCUAUCCAACAGUCACGAUAGUCAUAGCUGAUGACAGCGAGCAUCCUAAAUCUGUAACUGGCCCUUACAUAGAGCACUACAUCAUGCCUUUCAAAAAGGGUUGGUUUGCUGGGCGUAAUCUGGCUGUCUCUCAGGUGACGACUAAGUAUGUGCUGUGGGUGGAUGAUGACUUUAUCUUCACUUCUAACACAAAGUUGGAGAAAAUGGUGGAUGUGUUAGAGAGCACCAAUUUAGACCUGGUUGGAGGUGCAGUCAGGGAGGUGACAGGAUACACUGCCACUUACCGCCAUAUUAUUUCGACAGAACAAGGUGGAGAAGAUGGAGACUGUUUACACAUGAGGAGAGGCUUCUAUCAUGCUCUCGAGGGCUUCCCUAAUUGUGUGGUCACAGAUGCCGUCAUUAACUUCUUCAUGGCGCGUACUGACAAGGUGCGACAAGUUGGCUUUGACCCUCUCCUGGCACGGGUCGCACACAUAGAGUUUUUCAUCGAUGGCCUUGGUGUUCUCCAUGUGGGUUCCUGUGAUGAUGUUAUAAUCAACCAUGCAUCAAAGAUCAAAGGGAUGUUGCCAUGGGGACAAUCAGAAACUGAUGAGGCCUAUGCUAAGUUCCGUUAUGCCAACUACUCGAGCAACCAAAAUGUACUUUUUUACUUCAAGAACCAUUUCAAAUGUCUAACUAGUAAUGGUUAACUGUGAUCCUAAACUGGACUAUUCAAUGUGCUAUGCCUAAAUUAGGCUUUCUCUUUAGACUUCCUUAAGACAUCAUGUUAUGUGUAAAUAUGAGGACCAAACAUGACCAGGUCUGUAAAUAACUCCUACACCACAUACUCUGGAAGUGAAGGAAAGCACAUUUUUAGGUUUCAAUACCGGGUUAGGCUGCAAAUCCUCCGGCACCUCGACCAGGAUAACGCAACUUAACAUGAAUGAAUGAAUGUUAAUUCUUCCACCCCGUCCAGGAUGUCCCCCGUCUUGUGCCCAGAGUCCCCUGGGAUAGGCUCCGGGCUCCCUGCGACCCUGUAUAGGAUAAGCAGUCCAGAAAAUGGAUGGAUGGAUGGAUGGAGGGUGGGAUGGAUGGAUGGAUGGAUGGAUGGAUGGAUGUUAGUUUUUAAAGAGCUAUUUUAUAUGUGGUGUAGUAAUGUUCAACAUCAGCCACUGGAUGACAGUAUUGCAUCAAGAUUUUUUUUUUUUUUUAAGUGAGUUUUGUUUGUGUAUCUUUAGUUGUUAUGGUUUGUAAUGUAUACUUUUCUGUUUAAUUUAAGAAACAUAUAUAAAUCUGUUAAACCUUUGUCUCCUUGGAAUAACUGUGAAAUCAUUCUUGGCUUAUAUCCCACUGUUGGUUAAAAAUUAACCAUGACUUAUGUAAGUUACAUAGUCUAAUUUAAAAAAAUAAAUACUUGAAAUUACAAGAUAAUUGAUUGAACAGUAUCUGUAAUCACAUUAACUUAUUUUGAGUUAAAUAAACACUAAUUUAUAUCUAUUAUA